AUGGGUUCUCCCGACAAAGCCAUAUACAUCGGCCCAAAGAACGAGCUGUUUCUCAAAGAAUACCGCGACCCGUAUGAGCCCGGAAACGACCAAGCUCUGGUUCAAGUCCAGUAUUCCGGCGUCAACCCGGCCGAUCUGAAGCAUGGGCUUGAAUUUGGGUUGAAUGACUACGUUUGUGGCUACGAGUUUAGCGGAAAGAUCAUCAGGGCUGGAAAAGGAUUUCCUUACGAGGUCGGAGAUGAGAUAUACGGCUCAAAGAAGAUAGGCUUGGGUUCAGAGUUUGGGGCGCAUCAGGAUUUGUUGCUCGCUGAGGGCAACACCCUGAUCGCUAAACGUCCAUCCACAAUCCCCAGCGAGGCUGCUGCAGCGAUGUCACUUGUGGUACGGACUGCUGCCGACGCUCUGUUCAAUAUCAUGGCAAUUCCUUUUGCGAAAAUCAAUGCGGCAGGGAAGCCCAGCAAAAGUGGCAUUCUCGUCUGGGGAGGCGGCAGUGCAGUAGGAUGGGCAGCAGUACAGCUCGCGAAGGCGGCAGGACUGAGUCCUAUCAUCACAACAGCAUCAGCUUCAAACCACCAAAGUCUGAAGGAGCUCGGCGCGACACACUGCUUCGAUUACCGGGACGAUGAUGUGGUCGUGAAAAUCCAAGACGUCAUUGACGCUUCCGGCCAACCACUGAAGUAUAUCUUCGACGCCGUGUGUUCACGGGGACAAGCAUCCUCGACGUCGAGUUGUGACGCGCUCAAGACGGCAACAGAUGCCAUUUUCGUCGGCACUUUGCCUGUACUCAGUGACCAACGUCAAUGGAUUUGGUGCCUAGCGGCCCGAGCGUGGGAGUUGCACCUACCGCCUCCCAUCGGCCAUGUCCCCGCGAACGAAGAGUGGGAGUCUCGCUUGGUAGAUAUUGUCUCGUGGGUUGCUGACCACUACGAGAGAGGCUUUCGUAUUCCCAAUCUCAGGGUCAUCGAAGGGGUGGAGGCGGCGAUUGCGGCGAUCAAGUCAUCAGGAGAGGGAAAGAUCCGGUUUGAGAAAGUUGUGAUCAAGCAUCCUUUCUGA